AUGACGGCUAACAACAUCCACCGUGGCGGAGGCGGAACCUUGGGACCGGCUGAUAUGCAAGUAGACAUCGUUCCGGGAACAGAUGUUUUACGCGACGCUGAGGAUCGUCAUUUGAAGCAUGGCAGAAGAAGUGACACUGUUCUCAUUCCACAGCCUUCGAACAAUAGUAACGAUCCGCUCAACUGGGCACCUGCUUGGAAAUAUCUGGUCAUCAUCUCCCAAUUUCUUUAUGUCUUCGUUGCGGUCGAAUCCUCGCUAUCAAUGGCACCCAUGUUUCCAUUGUUGGGCAAGGAAUGGGGCCUCAAUGAAACUCAGCUUGGCCUUCUCACGGGAGGAUGCAUCCUCGGUCUAGGCUAUGCGAACUUUCUCAUCGUUCCGUUCUCGAACAUAUUCGGGCGGAGGUUGGCUAGUAUAUCUUUGGCAGUCCUGACAUUCCUUACCGUGCUCUGGGAAGCUCUUGCUACUUCGCAUAGGGCCUUUCUGGCAGCGCGUGUAGUCAAUGGUCUUACGACGGCCACGACAGAGAGUAUCAUGAUGCAAGUGAUUGCAGAUCUAUUCUUUCUGCAUGAAAGGGGGUUGUGGACCGGUAUCUAUUUUACGUCCUAUUUCUUUGGUUUAUUCUUGGGACCAGUGAUUGCGGGCAACAUUGCAGAAAGGCAUGGAUGGCGAAGCUUCUUCUGGGUAUCACUGGGUCUUUCAGCCCUCAAUAUCAUCACCCUUGCAUUAUUCUUCCCCGAAACAAAGUACCGACGCUCAGCAGCGACCUUCGGAGGCAAAUCAGAAGCUGUAGACGAACCAACACCGAUCACAAAUACCGAAAAGCACGACGCACAAGAAUCAAUCCAGGCACCAAACGACAACGAAGCAUCCAAUACCAGUUCACAAUACGGCAAGGGACGACCAUCCAAGAAACAGUUCAUGCUCUUCCAAAAGCCCGACUCCCGCUGGAAAGGCUUUCUGAUGCGCGACAUUUUCUCUCCCAUUCGCGCAUUCUUCUACCCCAUCAUAUUCUGGGCCGGCUUAAACGUUGCAGGGCCAGCGAACCUACUUCUCUUCUUUAACCUGACGGAAUCUGCCAUCCUAGCUGCGCCGCCCUAUAACUUCUCCUCGGGGGCUGUCGGGUAUAGCAAUUUUGCGUUCUUCGUCGGUGGAACCAUAGGGCUUCUAACUGCUGGACCGUUCUCGGACUGGGUAGCCGACAAAGCCACGCGUCGGAAUCGAGGCGUUCGAGAGGCAGAGAUGCGUCUUCCGGCAUUGAUUCCCUUUUUCAUCACCACUGCCAUCGGGAAUGUUAUUGGGGGAUUAGGGUAUCAACACCAGUGGCCAUGGCCCAUUAUCCUUGUUUUCGGGUACGGGCUCACCGGGCUCAGUGUCACUACUGUGCCGACAAUUGCCGUUGCAUACGCGGUCGACUGCUAUAAGCCCAUGUCCGGGGAGAUCAUGGUCGUUGCUACGGUUGUUAAAAACACAAUUGGGUUUAGUAUGAGUUAUUGGGUUGCGCCUUUGGGUGCGAGGAAGGGUUUUAUUGCUCCUGCCAUGGUGGAGUUUGCUUUGACUAUGGGGCCGAUGCUCCUUGCUGUUCCAUUGUACUUUUGUGGUAAAAGGCUACGGAGGCUUACUAGGAACUCGACGUUCCAUCAGUGGUCGGAGAUGUAA